AUGGCCCCAUCCACAGAAUCGCGUGCCUCGGGCGCCAUCUGGGGCGUUUGUGUCGGCGAUGCCCUCGGGGGUCCUGUUCAAUUCAUGGGCCCUAACACUUUCUCCCGCGUCACCGAGCUGGCUUUUGUGAAGCCUUUUCGAAAACCGGAAGGGUCGUUCAUCGACUCCCAUGGACAAUACAACCACGCGUUGGCAAUCCAAAACUUUCUCGACUGGAUCGCCAACGGCCGGUUCAGUACGGCCGAUUCGGCCUGGGAUAUCGGGUUUUCGACUCGUCUGUCGCUGGCCAUCUGGCAAAGGCAUGGGACAAAGGAUCUCCCGGGCACACAGCAGCGAGUUCAUGAGAAAUUCGAUCGAGAGCGUCAGUCGGGGAAUGGCAGCCUGAUGAGGAUUUCGUCGGUUGGGGUUGUGCUGUGGAGAAAUCCUGAGCUUGCGAGACAGGUGGCAAGGCAGCAGAGUCAAGUCACGCAUCCUGCGCUUGCGUGCGGGGAGGCCUGCGAGCUGUAUACAGAGCUGGUGUGUGGGAUUAUGAAUGGCAAGGAUAAAGAACAACUCUGGCAAACAGUGACCAGUUUCCCACUCACCCAUCCGGCUCUGACCGAGAGACUUGCCCAGUACAAGACAAUAGCAGACUGGCAAGCCAAGCCGGAUGCAGACAUCCGGAGCAGUGGAUGGGUGGUCGACACGCUCGAAGUGGCCUUCUGGGCCUUCUUCAAGUAUGAUUCCUGGACGGAUGGGGUGCUGGCCGCAGUGAAUCUGGGGGGCGAUGCCGAUACCGCUGCAGCGGUUUACGGAGGCCUUGCGGGGGUGUUCUAUGGGUAUGAAUCUAUUCCCCGGGACUGGGUAGAUCGCAUGCAGAACAGAGAGAUGAUCCGGGAUAUCGCCACCAAGUUGUCCCAGGUGGCUUCCCAGCCACAGCAACCAGACCAAUCCAGUCAGAGCACACCAGAGAGAUGA